AUGUACGUUCCCUACGUGUACUUCGUGUCGAUGAUACCCUAUCGCUUAGGGUAUCAUCGACACGAACAACAAAAAUGUGAUAUCGAGAUAUCGAGCACAGGUUGUUUUUCAUUUUGUGUGCAUGUUGGAACACGAGCGGACAUUAAACGAGAGUGUCGCAAACAAACAAAUGUUUCUUGGGCAUCUUUAAAGCAACUAAAGGCCGGUAACUUUGAACAACAUGAUAUUAAAUUAAAGUGUUAUUUGAAAUGCUUUAUGGUAAAAAGCGGCAUUCUUAAUGAGAAUAGCAGUAUAGAUGUUGAGAAAGUCUUACGUCAUCUCCCGCGCAGUAUGCAAGAGUCAUCGAGAAAAAUUCUUCAUCGAUGCAAAUCAAUUCAAUCGGAGAAUGCUUGUGAUAAAGCUUUUCAGAUAGCUACAUGUUAUAUUAAAGAGCAACCUGACAUUUUAAAAAGCGUAUCAUUUAUUUAAAGAUAAAUGCUUUGAGUUUAGAUAUAUGUAAAGCACUGCAUUAUGAAAGAUAUAAAGGAAUAGCAGCAUGAAGUAGUUGUAUAUGCAAAA